AUGACUCUCUUCAGCCUUUUCGUGCUUUUCAGCGUGUGUAAAAAUGUACUUGCUGCCUCUGAUAGUUGUAGGUCAUCUAUGCCUCAUGCGAAGAAUAGCUCAAGCAGUUUAACUAUUUCGAGUCAAAGCGAUGCCAGCAAUCUGACCAGCUGCGAUACAUUCGAAGGAAGCAUCACAAUUUCUUCCUCCUUCAAUGGAGCGCUCACUAUCAACGGUUUAGAGCAGAUAAAAGGCUCCCUCGUUGCAGACAAUGUAUCGGGACUCACAGCCAUUAUUGCCCCUGAUUUGGACAGUGUGCAGGGGUCUAUCACAAUCAGCAACCUCAACUCACUGUCCACAAUAACCAUGGGCGCGUUGUCUCAAAUAUCCUCGGGUAUGACAAUCACCGGGAACCCCAAGCUCAAAACGAUUGGAUUUCAGGAGUUAGAAGAGAUUGAUGGACAAUUCGAACUGAUAGGGUCUUUCACUAGCGUGUCACUGCCAUCUCUCGAUCAGGUGAAAGGACAAACAACAAUCAAAAGCAGUGGUUCGAUGUCAUGCAGCACAUUAGAUGAUUUGAGGACCAACGGUGUCUUCAGAGGGGGUUAUUCCUGUUCUAGGGCCUCUUCUAAAUUGAGUCCAGGCGCUAAGGGCGGAAUCGCAGCCGGCAUCAUUUUGGGUGUUCUUUUAGUCUUGGUGAUCCUGUGGUUUGUACUUCGACUGCGACGACAAAAACGAAGAGCCUCAACGGCGCAAUCAUACAUACCAUCCCCGGUGAAUCCAUCAACUAUCUCUGUACAAAACGAGAAGACACCUUCUCUUGAAGAUAAACCGUCGCCAAUAGAAGUGCCACCACUGCAUAUGCCUCGCAAACCAGUUGGAUCAGCAGUGUUUUUGGACAGUCACCCAAUCUACGAAGCCCCAAAUGCAUCUACGCCAGUGCAAGCAUAUUACGAAUUGGACGCUGGGCCAAUCUUAAGUUCGCAUCAACGACCAAUCAACGCCGAGAAUUGA